AUGGAGCAGCACCACAUGGGCUGUGUGAACCUUUGUAGUCUCACGAGCAAUCUACCGGUGAUCUCCUAUCAAAAGCUGACGGAUUUACAUUACCUGAGCAAAGGUGGGUUCGGAAGCGUGUUCAAGGCACUGCAUUCCGAUUGGCGGACCACCGUUGCCAUCAAGUGCCUGAAAUUGGAUUCUCCUGUUGGCGAAAGGGAGAGGAAUUGCCUGCUGGAGGAGGCGGCAGUGCUCCACAAGGCCAGGUUCAACUACAUCAUCCAGAUCUUUGGCGUGUGCGACGAGCCUGAGUCCUUCGGCAUCGUCACCGAGUACGUGAGCAAUGGCUCGCUGGAUCAGCUGCUUCACGAGAAUAACCUUUACCCCCCGCUGGCCUGGUCGUUGAGGCUGCGUGUCCUGUACGAGAUAGCUCUGGGGGUGAACUUCCUACACAACAUGACCCCCCCCCUCCUGCACCACGACCUCAAGACACAGAACAUUCUGCUGGAUGGAGAGUUUCAUAUCAAGAUAGCAGACUUUGGCCUGUCUAAGUGGCGCCAGCUGUCGAUCAGUAAAGGCUCGGGAUCCAAGCCACCUGAGAUGGGAGGCACCAUCAUCUACAUGCCCCCAGAGGAGUACGAACCCUCCAAAAACCGCUGUGCAGUCUUCAAACACGACAUCUACAGUUACGCUAUCAUUAUGUGGGAGGUGCUAUCCAGGAGGAUACCAUUUGAAGAGGCAACCAAUCCCAUGCAGGUCAUGUUCAGCGUACUGCGUGGGAUACGUCCCGACAUAGGCCUGGACUGUCUACCAGGGGACAUCCCCAGCAGGGAGACACUCAUCAACCUCAUGACCUGCGGCUGGACUGCCAACCCUGACGAACGGCCCUGCUUUUUCAUGUGUGUGAUAGAGCUGGAGCCAAUGCUGAGGAGGUUUGAUGAAAUUGACAUCCUGGAGGCCGUGCUGGAGGUCAAGAAGUCAAAGCUGAUGAGGAGGGCAGGCUGCUACUCUGCCACACCCGUGGCGGGUGAGAAGGAGAGGGAGGAGAAGAUUUUAAACAUUCUGAAGGACAACCCCAGUCCCUGGCAAGGAAGCUCUGGCUCUGGGUCUUGCUCCUCCCAGGACACGGACAUCUCCCGACCGAGCUCCCUCACUAGCACCAAUGCCCCACCUUUUAAAGAAGUAUCCCUCAUGUCGUUCAUGUCCCACAACCUGGAGCCCCUCAGAAAGCGGACCCUAGAGGACAACCACCUCAACGACUACCCCCAGAGUGCCAGGCCGCUGAAUAACCUCGAUAUUCCCCUCAAACCAGGCCUGCCGGAGACGGAGUGUGUGAUGCACCUGGACAACCUCACCCUGAAGUCACAGCCAUACCAACCACAGCCAGAUUUCACCCUGCCAUCAAACCCCCUCGGCUUGGGCCCCAUGGCAUGCUGGAUCGCUGCACGGCGCGAGGAAAUCGUCUCCAAGAUGACGGAGGCCUGCCUGAACCAGAGCCUGGACGCUCUGCUUGCAUGCUCUCUCCUGAUGCACGAGGACUAUGAGCUGGUGGUGAACCGGGCCACGCGCACUGCCAAGGUCCGCCAGCUCCUUGACACCUGCCACCGUCACAGCGAGGACUUCUGCCGCGUGGUGGUCCGCAAACUCAAGGACAGCAAGCAACUGGGCCUGCAGCCAUACGCCCCAGAGCUCGGCUCCCUUGUGGCCGCACCAAACACCAGCACACCCCCACUCUCGGUGUCCGACAACAACCCAAGGAAUUACUAGGACAGAACUAGACCAGAGACCAGAAAGACUAUAAACUGUAAAAUACUUAGCUCAUUGAGCUACUGUAGGUGGUGUCUCUUAGUCCUGGGUCAUUUUCAUUAGGCAACACAUGGAAGAAAACUAACUCCAACUGAAUAGACUACCUGAAUGUUUUCUUUUGCUACAGUGUGCCCUAAUGAAUAUGACCCUGGGUUUUUACUGUGAACUUUGAAGGGGGGUCAGUCAGGCCUGCCCAAGGCCCAGGGUUCCUGUCUGGAAGCUGUUUUCCACUGUGCCUACAGGCCUAGGAUUAUUGCAGUUUAGCUGAUGUUGAGCCUAAAAACACAAUUCCCAUAGAUAGGUUAGCUGACAACAUCACAAAAACGAUGCACACACUGCAACGGAGCAGAAGUCCAGAUCGCUACUAACAAUGACAAGAAACUGCCAUGUGGGGAAUCGUAAAUGACUCAUUUCAGCUAGUUUCAUAUUGUUCUUGAUACCUUUGUCUUGUUUUGACUUAUUUUAUGUCAAUGCUAAUAUGGAUACAGUUAGCUAGCUAGCUAACCAACAACUGUAACAAUGUAUUUGAGACAAGUGCUCAAAUG